AUAACCGGCGCGCUGAUCAUCUUUUUCUUAAAUUGGCGGCGUGUCGAAAUUAUCGGCGGCGGCGGCGUGGCGCGGCGGCGCACAGCUCUAGUUCCGAUACCGUCCGCGCGAUUGCUUCCGUUUUUUUUGCGAUAACACAGCGACUGCCCGUCGCUAUUUCGAGUAGUUUCGCCCAAAUCCGUCACGAGCGAACAUCGCACAAAACAGAAUCAGUCAAAAACAAAACCCGUACAGUCGGCCGUUCGACCGGUCGAGACGUCAGUGAAUUUACUUCAAGUCCACCUGCAGAACAGCAUGUCAACUACGGAACCGGAGCGCCAUGGAAAGCCAAAGGAAAGAUCGAACCUACCGUUCAACGACGGCUCCAGUUCGGACGUGACAUUUUUGGUUGGCAGUCAACGAACGCCAAUCUACGCCCACCGUCGGUUUCUGUCCGAUUGUUCCGAGUAUUUCCGGGCAAUGUUCGGCGGAUGCUUUCGUGAGUCAACGGGAUCUGAUGUUUGCCUGGAAGAUGUCGAACCGGAGAUUUUCCUGGAAAUAUUACGAUAUCUCUACCGAGGAAAAAUUAAUUUGUCACCCGAAACUGUCCACGAUGUCUACACUCACGGCACGAAAUAUCUCCUGAACCAGGUUGUGGCUGCCGUAGGUGACUUCCUCGCGGAAACCACCGAUUUGAGUAAUGUCCUACAAAGGUUCACUCAAAAUCGCACCUACGGCUUUGAUGUCGUCGACAGACGAUGUCUUUCCAUCAUUUGGGACAAUCUUAUUUUCUGCUUUGACCACGAAGACUUCUUCAUGUUGAUCGAUCAUGAAUCACUUCGACUGAUCCUCAGUGGCCGCUCUAUUAACUGUACCGAGGUGCAAUUAUUACAACUUCUCGAAACUUGGAAAUCCUUUCACAAAACCGACAACACCGAAGACCUGAAGGCCCUCGUCCACGGAAUUAAGAGAUCCUACGGGUGCGAGCAGCUACUGGUUUUCGGGACCCCAACCGAACGAAAUUCGACCAGCUUUUCGUUCUCUGUCACAUCCGACUUGGAUAUCGAUCUGUUUGGUGUUGGAGUGUUCAUCAGAUCACCGGCCACGUCCAUCGUCGUUGAGUUGAGCAUCGGACAGGCCAAUCUACAGCUAGUGGAACGUAUGUUUCGCCAUGAAAAUCCUACCAAUACAGCAACCAUCAAUGUGGCCGAUUUGUUAUUCGGUAAAUUCACACUCAAUCCUCAGUGCAUUUAUUGGGUAUCGGUCAGAUUUUCUCCAUCGCUGAAACCAUUCGGGAUUCGUAAUGCCAAGGUAUUCCACGAUCGGAUCGAGCUGGCGAUACGGGAAAAGUCGUACGGCGCUGACGUUAUUUGUCCGAUCGCGCGUUUUCAUUACCGAGUGUGUUAAAAUAGGGGAAUAAAAUUUCGA